AUGGGUGUUGUAGUACAGUCUGGGGUUGCAUUGGGUGCUAUGCUUUUCUGGGUGUUUCUUGGUCCCCUAGCUUUGGUUAUGGGGGCUCGUAGUGUUUUUUCUGAUCCCACCCUGCUGAUUUGUGGCCAAGAAAGCUUACAGCUCACCUUACCUCUGGGCUGGGAAGGGAAUGCUUCAUUGGUGCUGACUACUUGGGAUACUGAGGGGAAGGCACAUGCUCUGCAGAAUGACUCUGACUGUGGGCUGUUGGUAUCUGAGACUCCAGAUGGCUCCAGGAAAGUAUUGGUUUCUUAUACUGGCUGUUAUAUCUUUGAAUGGAAUGGCCAUUACCUUCUGCUGGUUGGGCUUGAAGGAACAGAUGCUGCUGGGCAAAAGGUUCUUCAUGAAGAGACGCUGCUCAGGUGCCCUGUGGACCUUCCUGCCCUAGAUGCUCCAAGCAGUAGUGUCUGUUUGGCUGUUCCCAGCCAGGACCGGCUGCCAUGUGCCUCCUUGCCUGUCAGCCAGGGAAACUGUGAAGUGCGAGGCUGCUGCUAUGACCCUAGAGACAGGGUAAAUCCUUGCUACUUUGGUAACACAGUGACAGCUCAUUGCACACCAGAUGGCCAGUUUUCCAUUGCUGUUUCUCGGGAUGUGACCCUGCCCCCCAUUGUCCUGGACUCCGUGCAACUGGCCAGCGGACACAGUACUGGCUGUGUUCCUACUGUGAAAAACAACGCAUUUGUCGUGUACCAGUUCCCACUCUCUGCCUGUGGCACCACUUUUCAGGUGACUGGAGACCAGGCCAUAUAUGAGAAUGAGCUGGUGGCAUCCAGGGAUGUGAAGACUGCAAGCCUUGGCUCUGUCACUAGGGAUAGCACUUUCAGGUUACAUGUCCGAUGUAGUUAUUCCACCAGUGGGAGCACCAUUCCCUUGAGUGUUCAGGUCUUCACAUUGCCACCACUCCCUGCUGUGUCCCAGCCAGGUCCUCUGUCCUUGGAGCUGCGUGUUGCCUCAGAUGGAAGUUAUACUUCCUACUAUACUGACAGUGACUAUCCUAUUGUGAAGACUCUGAGAGAUCCUGUUUAUGCAGAAGUCAAAAUCCUUCAGAGAACAGACCCAGACCUGAUUUUAGUUCUGCACCACUGCUGGGCCACACCAAGUACCAAUCCCCAGCAACAGCUGCAGUGGCCUGUUUUGGUGGAUGGGUGCCCUUAUGCAGGGGACAACUAUCAGACACAACUGGUGCCUCUGAGUUUUGCCUCAGGACUACUGUUCCCCUCUCAUUACCAGCGUUUCACCCUCUACACGUUCACCUUUAUGGACUCCACUUCCCAAGAGAAGCUCUCUGGGCUGGUGUACCUUCACUGCAGUGCUUCAGUGUGCCACCGAUCUGUGCAGGAGUCCUGCACCUCCACUUGUCCUGCUAGAACCAGGAGUAAAAGGAGUGCUGAGCAUCACUUUCAGGAAGGUGCCUCCCAUGUCUCCAGCAAAGGCCCUGUGAUUUUCCUCCAGGAUGAGCUAAGAUGGGACACAGCUAAGGGUGGCCUUGGAGCAGCUGUGCAUGCUGCAGCCCCAUGGGCUCUGGGGUUUGCUGCUGUGGCAAUCGGGGCAGUUCUGUGCAUGGUCCUUGUAGCUGCUGUGCUGUGGCAAAGGAAGGUGUCAGCAACACAUGAAAUCAAUGGAUUGCAAUAA